GUGCAGGGGAAAUGCGCCACCACCUUCUACUGCAUUUUCUACUACUAGUAGUGGGAGGAGCUGGGAAGCGGUCGCCGGCGGUUGACUGGCCUGAGCCGCGGCGAGUUCCCACCUGUAGCGGGUGGGGGCUGGUGCGGAGACGUGUGCACGAUGUAAAAAGCCAGGGCGCCGCCGUUAACAAAACGAGCCCCCCUGUUCCGAGCCUAUUGCCGACCCAACAACCCACUCGCCUCGGCUCACCUGCCAAUCGCCGCUGUUACCACCGGCGCGGAGGAGCCGCUUGCACUAUUGAAAACGGGCGAUCUUCGCUUCGCAGCGGUUUCCUGUUCGGCCGCUGCUACUUGUUGGCUCUGCCGGCGGAGGAGGAAGGAAGCAAAGGCGAGCUUGUCCGCCGUCUCCUCGCCUGCUCUCGAGCCCUCGGUUCUUCUUCUCCGGCCGCUACCUGCCCGGCGUUUUCGUCCUGUGCUCCUUGCUGUGCCUGCCGCUCGAUCGGGCUUGGUCGAGCUGGUGGAUUCGUCCCGGGAGCAGAGAGAGGUGUCAGCCCGUAGCUCCAAAGGCCUGCCGGGUUCUUGGAGUUUCCUGUGUCUCCUCCGAUUGUCUGUUCUCGCGCAGCUCUGUUCAGCAAGGAUUCCCGGGGUUCUGCUGUUAUGCUCUCGCAGGGAUGACAACUUGACAACUGGCUGCUGAUAUAUCUCCUAUUCAGACAUGGGCAACCUUAGAGUUGGAGGCAUCCUGCAUGCAGUGAUCCUUCUUCUUCUAUACACUGGCUGCGUGAAUGUUGCAAGGGGACAGAGAACUGACCCUACUGAAGUAAACGCUCUCAAGGCAAUUAAAGGAAGUUUAAUUGAUCCUUCUAAUAAACUUAAGAAUUGGGGUCGUGGGGAUCCAUGCACAUCCCGUUGGACAGGAAUCUUCUGUGACAAGAUACCUAGUGAUUCAUAUCUUCAUGUAACAGAAAUACAGUUGUUUAAGAUGAAUCUUUCCGGAACUUUGGCACCAGAGGUCGGCCUUCUAUCCCAGCUGAAAACAUUGGACUUCAUGUGGAACAAUUUAACUGGGCAAAUCCCCAGAGAAGUUGGAAAAAUCACAACGCUGAAGCUCAUAACUUUGAAUGGUAAUCAGCUAUCUGGUUCUUUACCUGAUGAGAUCGGCUAUCUGGUGAACUUAAACAGAUUACAAAUCGAUGAGAACAACAUAUCAGGCCCCAUACCCAAAUCAUUUGCUAACUUAACAAGCAUAAAACAUCUUCACAUGAACAAUAACUCACUAAGUGGGCAAAUCCCAUCUGAGCUGUCCAGAUUGCCUUCACUCCUUCAUCUCCUUGUUGACAACAAUAAUUUAUCUGGGCCUCUUCCCCCAAAAUUAGCGGAAACACAGAGUUUGGAGAUACUUCAGGCUGAUAACAACAACUUCAGUGGAAGCUCUAUCCCUACUGAAUACAGCAACAUACAAACACUUCUAAAGCUGAGUCUUAGGAACUGCAGUUUGCAAGGAGCUGUUCCCGAUAUGAGUGGCAUACCUAAAUUUAGCUACUUGGAUCUUAGCUGGAACCAAUUGGAAGGAUCUAUACCAACUAAUAGGCUUGCUUCAAGUAUCACUACAGUUGAUUUGUCACAUAACUUUCUUAAUGGAACUGUUCCACCAAACUUCUCAGGGCUACCUGAUCUUCAGUUCUUGUCAGUCAAUGGGAACCACCUAAAUGGUUCUGUUCCACCGGCAAUUUGGAGAAACAUUACUUUUACGGGAAAUAGAACCCUUAUUCUGGAUUUCCAAAAUAACGCCCUUGACACUAUUCCAGUUUCAUUUGACCCCCCAGAAGCUGUCACUGUUCUACUUUAUGGAAACCCUGUAUGCACGACAUCUAAUGCAGCCCGAGCAGCUAAUCUUUGCCAACCUAGAUCUGUAAUUGAAGCACCAUCUGGAGAGGGAAGGCAAAUUAAUAGUUUGUGUAAGCCUUGCCCAACGGAUAAAACUUUUGAAUACAAUCCAGCAUCCCCAAUACCUUGUUUUUGUGCUGCGCCUCUGGGAGUUGGAUUUCGACUGAAGAGUCCAGGCAUAUCAGACUUCCUUCCCUACAAAGAGGCUUUCGAGACCGACUUAACCUCUCUGCUGGAAUUAAGUGUUUAUCAGCUGUACAUCGAACGAUACAUGUGGGAGACAGGCCCAAGGCUUAACACACAUUUAAAGUUAUUCCCAGAUAAUACAAAUUUAUUCAAUAAGACUGAGGUGGAGCGGCUCAGGCAAGUACUUGCUGGAUGGCGGAUAACUCUAUCAGAUGUUUUUGGUCCAUAUGAGCUUCUUAAUUUCACACUUGGUUCCUAUGAAGAUGAAUUUCCUACUGUGGUGUCAUCAGGUUUAAAAAAGAGUGCACUAGCUGGCAUUUUGGUAGGGACAAUUGUUGCUGCCAUUGCACUAUCUGUGGUUUCUACAGUUCUUAUAAUGAAAAGGCGUAGAAAACGUCGAACGGUUUCAAGGCGGUCACUACUUUCAAGGUUUCCUGUCAAGGUUGAUGGCGUGAAAUGCUUCACAUUUGAAGAAAUGGCUGCAGCAACAGGCGAUUUUAAUAUUUCAGCUCAAGUUGGUCAGGGAGGCUAUGGAAAAGUUUAUAAAGGAAAUUUAGCUGAUGGAACAGCUGUGGCGAUCAAGCGUGCACAUGAAGAUUCUCUGCAAGGUUCAAAGGAGUUCUGUACAGAAAUAGAAUUGUUGUCAAGAUUACAUCAUCGUAAUUUGGUUUCUCUUGUUGGCUAUUGUGAUGAAGAAGACGAGCAGAUGCUGGUGUAUGAGUUCAUGCCCAAUGGUACCCUACGUGACCAUCUUUCUGCUAAGACUGAAAGACAUCUGAGCUUUGGUCAGAGAGUGCAUAUUGCGCUUGGUGCUGCUAAAGGAAUUCUAUACCUGCAUACUGAGGCAGAUCCUCCUAUAUUUCACCGUGAUGUCAAGGCCAGCAACAUUCUUCUGGACUCCAAGUUUGUAGCGAAGGUGGCUGACUUUGGUCUUUCGAGGCUUGCUCCUGUGCCUGAUAUUGAAGGGACUUUGCCAGCUCAUAUAUCAACUGUUGUUAAGGGCACCCCAGGCUAUCUCGACCCAGAAUAUUUCCUGACUCAUAAACUGACGGAAAGAAGCGAUGUGUAUAGCCUUGGUGUUGUGUUUCUCGAACUAUUGACUGGAAUGAAGCCGAUCCAGCAUGGUAAAAACAUUGUUAGAGAGGUAAACUUGGCUUACCAAUCAGGCGAUAUCUCCAGGAUCAUCGACAGCCGAAUGUCCUCGUACCCUCCGGAAUGCGUGACGAGGUUCCUCUCCCUGGCAAUCAAGUGCUGCCGGGACGAGACCGAGGCGAGGCCCUAUAUGGCCGACAUUGUCAGAGAGCUCGAGACCAUCCGGAGCGUGCUGCCCGAGGGAGAGGACAUCCUGUCCGAGACCACGGGAUCAGGCUUGCUGACGAAGACCAUGUCGUCCUCGACCACCACGGGGCCACUGUACGUGUCCUCGCAUAUGUCCGGUAGCGGCCAGGUGGACAGUGGCAUCCCCUCCGGGACGGUGGCUCCCCGGUAGUUGCUGACGCUGGCCGCGCUGGAAAUAGUUUUGUAGGCACCUGCCGCUGGAGCAUAGCUUUGUAAGUAGUGAUAGGAGUAAUGCCAGGGGUGGUGUUCCCUCCGCUGCUGUUGGAAGAGUUGGUCUGUACAUGAGUGGGUGUUGGUGUGAAGUAGUGCUGCAGGGAUCAGGGUGUGAUGUACUUGUAGCAGUUGUAAAAAUGCAGGUGAGGCAUGUACAUAUACUGAUGUAAGUGUAACUCAUCAGUUACGUACACUGGAUGUGGACGGGAAUCCCUGGGUUGA